AUGGCGCUUCAGCUUCUCAGUCGCAAGAGGUAUCCAGAAUCGGUCCUGGAUCUAUAUGUCGAACAUCGAUACAGCUCGUUUCUUGGAUCUUUCUUGGAGGCGAUUGGAUACAAAUUCAAACCCACUCAAGUGCAACCCAAGCGCCUAAAUGCGGCGCUUCAACAUAUAGAAGGUUUGAGGGCUUUCGUUGGCGAUGUGCCAGGGAUUGGAGUUUCAGGAGCAUUCAACUUGAACAUGGCGAGAGGCGAUCGAAAAAUUCAGCUUAUUACAGCCGAUGAUUCUUCAUUGGACAUAAUUCUCAAAUUUCACUCCACUGUGGUGAUGAACGUCAUCUCUUAUUCACAUAUCUAUUCACUCUAUCCACGAGGGACGUUUCAAGAGUCACUUUCUCUCAUAAACCAUUGGAACGAUGACUCUGAACAACAAGUCGCUCGCCAGAAAUACGUUGAUCGUGGUUGGAAAAUGCUGGAUUCUGAUGGUAGCGAGUGGAAACUCAAUAGCUUUAUGGUCGGAUUCGCAAGUUUCAGUUCUUAUUCCGAGUCAUACCAUGGACUCACGGAAGAACACAUUGGCAUCUUCCAAGUCAAUAAAUUGCGUCGCCUGGGCGAUUCCUAUUGUUGGACUUUCAAACUCCCCACCCUAGUCUAUCCGACAGAGAACGAUCCUUCUACUGAGCAAGGCUACAGGUGGCUCAUGUCGCGAAGAUAUGACCUACCAACACCGCUUGUUAUGGAGGAGUUGCUUACCGGAAAACAGGCUUUGGAGAGCAAUACUUGGGUACUCUCCCUUCAGGAGUACGAAAUGGAGGAUGAGGACGGCGAGAUGUUUAGCACCGGCGUUGAAACUUAUCGCAUGCGGUUCUACAACGACCUGAGCAACUCACAGCUAAGGUUUACCUACUGCGUUGGCAUGGAAUCGGAGGAUCAUGCGGCCCAUGAGCUCAUCAAGAGGGUUCAUGCGAGUGAGGUUGUUCGAGGGAGGAAAGGGACCGAAGGAGGACCCUUUGGCGGAUGUGCAUUCUCCGCACCACUUGACUUUCGGGCAAAGAGUAUCGAUUUGCUGCUCUAUGAUGUCGUCGAUGAACAUCUUCGUUACCUCGAUGAAGAAAAAUAG